GGUGCGGCCCCCUCAGCAGGCUGGGUCCCUGGCGAGCGCAGAGCGUGCGCCUUCGGGAAUCUUCGGUGCGCUACGUCUGCUCACCCGGUACCUGCGCUUCUGACUGGAAUUGAGGCGUCGGAGCCUGUCACUCCCGCUCUGGCCUGGGUCUCUAGCGCCUGCGGGAGCGCCAGCUGUGGUCACCUGCGGCCCGGGUGUGUGCUCUAGGGGCCGCAGCUCCCCGGGGGUUUGUUCUGGAAGAAAGCUGAGGGCGCGGUGUCCUGGCGCGUGGAAGCCCCGCACCUCUCGCGUCAUGGUGAAGAAGAACAGUAUCCCCAACGGGUGGAGGACUGUGACGCCAAUUGGACAUCCUCUACCUGGAACACGAUUUAUUGCUUUUAAAGUUCCUUUAAAGGGAGCAGUUAAUCAGAGACUUACUCCAACCCAGAAGUUUACACCAAAAGAUUUGAUAAGUGCAAUAAAAGCACUAAAUGUGGAACUUGGAUUAAUUAUCGAUCUAACAUAUACCACAAGAUAUUAUGAAGUUAAGGAUUUACCUAAAAGCAUUCAUUAUAAAAAACUUUAUACUGUUGGACUCGAAGUCCCUGACAAUGCUACUAUUCUGCAGUUCAAAAAGUGGGUCAGAAAGUUCCUGUGGGAAAAUGCAGAAAAUGAUAAACUCAUUGGAGUUCAUUGUACCAAUGGAAUUAACAGAACAGGAUACCUUAUAUGUAGGUACCUUAUCGAUGUUGAAGGCUGGGAUCCAGAUACAGCAAUUCAAGCUUUUGGUGAGGCCCGUGGUCAUCGAAUAGAUGGAUGUGUGUACUUAAAGGAUCUCAAAACUCGACCCAUGAGAAGUAAUCUUGGAAUGGAUGUCUGGGAUUCUGAUGAAGAUGCAAAUCUCCCAUCUAAUUCUAUGGAAGAAUCUGGAGAUUGGUCCCCAAAUGAAGACUUCCAUGGCAGGACUGGGAAAAGGUCAAGGCUUCUUAAUGACCAGCACCCUCGAAAUGAUGUACAGAUAAAGGAUUAUGAUUAUGUCAACAAUGGAUGUUUCCAGAGGCAUGGGGAUUUGUAUAAACACAGGUGUAGUGACAGCAUGCCAGAAGAAAGACAUCUGAGAAAUUGGGAUUUGGGUAACAAAGGACCAGGACCAAGAUGUUCAUUCUUUGCUAAUCACCAGUGUUAUGAUGUCUCUCAAGAGGAAACAGAUUUCAAUAACAAGAUACAUGGAACCAGACCAAGACCAUUUUGUGAUCCCCAGCCUCACAGUGACUACCAUGAACCAGAUGCUGGAGAUGAUUUUGAUUUUGUUAGCAAAGUAGAUGGACAAAGGAGACAUUCCAUUCAGAAUCAUCAGGCCUAUAGCAACUGUUGGGAAAAAUUUCCAACAAAAGAUUAUGGUUUUAUCAACAGAAGCUGGGGACAAAAACGACGGCCUUUCUAUAACCACCAUGAGUACCCACUUCAUGGUGAUUUUCAGGACCAAUUACUUGUACAGAGUUCUCAUUUUCUCAACAAGGGUGGUGGUUUUCAAAGGAAAAAACCCUUCUGCCAGAACUAUUUUCAUGAUGAAAUGAAUUUGGAAGAUUUAGAAUAUACCGAUGUCAUAUCAGAGCACACACGAGGAUCUCUACAUGAUUAUUCCAACAAUGAUUUCUCAGAGAAAAUGUCAUUGAAAAAAUAUGUUAAUAGAGGUCAUGGACAAAGACUACCACCUUUUCCAAAGUUUAAAACUCAAAGGCAUUUAAGAAAUUUUUAUUUUAACGUUGAAACAAAACCAUGGCAUAUAUCUUCCUGUAACCACCCACGUAAUGAUCCACAAGAACAGGUUCUUUUGGAAGACUUGGAUUUUGGACAGGAAACAUCCUCACAAAGACCACGGUCUUUUCGGGACUCCCCACUUCCUGAUAACAUAAAUCCUGACUGGCAUUUAGAUAAGUGAGUCAUUUUGUUUUGCACAGUCAGAAAUGGUACUUGACUCCAACAAAACACUCAGACUUCUUUCAGAUUAGGUAUUUGUAUAAAAGUGGUAUAAAUUAUCACCCAAAGCUGAAAUUCAGAUUUAUUCUUAUAUAGAUUGAGUUUGUGAUGAAGGUUUAUUUCUGAUGCUGUGAAUUAUAAAUUUACCUUUAUUUCCUACAAUUGCAGUAAAUAUACAAAUUAGAUUUAAAUGGUUUAGCUUUUCACUGUAAGCUAGUAGUAAAAAACAAAACAGAAAACAAGAAACAGAUUUCUCAGAGAAAUACUGUGGCUUUUAGAUAAGGAUUUUAAAAAAUAUAGUCAAUCCUUGAACAAGAAGGUUUAAACUGUGCGGGUUCACUUAUAUGUGGAUAUUUUACAGUAUAGUACUGUAAAUGUAUUUUCUUGUAAGAUUUUUGAAUAACAUUUUCUUCUCUCUAGCUUGUUGUAAGAAUACGGUACAUAACACAUGUAGCAUAGGACCACAUGUUAGUCAACUGUUUAUGUUACCAAUAAGGCUUCUGGUAAACAGCAGGCUGUUUGUAGUUAAGUUUAGGGGAGUCAGAAGUUACAUGUGCAUUUUUGACUACACAGGGAUCAGCACCCCUAACUUACAGUUGUUCAGGGAUCAACUGAAUUCCUUCUAGCUGUCCUACAAAUUAUUUUUUCUUUAAUUUUAAUUCCAGUAUGGUUAACAUACAGUGUUAAAUUAGUUUCAGGUAUACAAUAAAGUGCUUCAGCAAUUCUGUAUAUUACUCAGUGCUCAUCAAGAUAAGUUUAGUUUUUUUAAUCCCCAUCACCGAUUUCACGCUGCCCCCCACCCACCCCCUUUCUGGUAACCAUCUCUUUGGUCUGUUUUUUGGUUUGUCUUUGAUUGUUUGCUACAGAUUACUUUUUUUUUUUUUUAAGAUUUUGUUUAUUUAUUAGACAGAGAUCACAAGUAGGCGGAGAGGCAGGCAGAGAGAGAGGAGGAAGCAGGCUCCCUGCUGAGCAGAGAGCCUGAUGCGGGGCUCGAUCCCAGGACCCAGCAUCAUGACCUGAGCUGAAGGCAGAGGCUUUAACCCACUGAGCCACCCAGUAAAAAAAAAAAUUACUUUUUAAUACACACACGCCAGUAGUCCUCUCUCUGCCAUGCAGUAAUCACCUCUCGUUGCUGUUAGUUGGGAAUGUCUUCAGGAGAGCAGGGACUGCAGUGAAACUGAAGCGCAAGGCAGGAAGAGAGGAGGCCUGCCUUCUGAAAGGGAAAGAACGUGAUAAGAAAGGAUAGGAAAAGGGAUAGAAAUAAAAAGACAAUCCAGGAAAAUAGAGCACUGUGUUGGGAUAGAGAAUAAGACCAUAGAAGAGGGGAAGGUUUGAGAAAGGAGAUGAAGAGUGGAGUUACUAUGCGCCUUCCCUUUCAAUUCAGAAUGUUUCCUCCAGUUGUACAUUAUUCUACACCUAUCUGGAGAGAGGUGAAUUUUACCUGUGGGCUAUGGGCUGUCCUGGUUUUAUCCAGAACCUUCUUUUUUUUCUCUCCUACCUUUCCUACCAGCAUCUUCCCUGCCUUCCUCACUUUCUUUACGUCUCAGGGCCUAUGUGGUCAGAGGCAAAUACUGAUUUAGUCGCAAAACCAUCCUUUUCAAUCCUAUCCUUGAUUGCUACCAGUGACAUGUAAGCAUGUUAGAAAACAAGCAUUUCGUGAAUCCACAUGUAUGCAGGGUUUAUACCACCUUGGCAGAUCCUGGCCACUGCCUUUAAAGUGACUGUCACUUCUCCCUUGUGGUUUGGGGAUUCUAAAACCAAUCGGUUCAUCUUCACCUGGAUUACCAGUGGCUACUAGUUGAUACUAGUUAAGCUAGAACUUUGUUUCAUUUCCUUUGUAGUAACUUCACUCUAUUCCAUGAUUAUUGCCUUCUGUUGGACAGGGUAAAAGACAAGAUUGGUCAAUAGAAAUCUCACUCCGGGGUGCCUGGGUGGCUCAGUGGGUUAAAGCCUCUGCCUUCAGCUCUGGUCAUGAUCCAGCCCGGUGGCGUUGGGCUUUCUGCUCAGCAGGGAGCCUGCUUCCCUUCCUCUCUCUCUGCCUACUUGUGAUCUCUGUCUCUCUGUCAAAUAAAUAAAUAAAAUCUUAAAAAAAAAAAAAUCUCUCACUCCUCUUAGGACGGCUUCUCUGUUACUGAUGAUGCUCUGGAUUAGGAGGAUUAUAGUAUUCAAUAGAGGGCGUGUUUGACUUUCUUUUUCUUGUUCUUGUCACUCAGUACCAGAUUUGGGGUCAGGAUUAUAAGCAUCCUAUGUGAAAGAAUAGAAGUUUCAGUAUAAAAAGAUAUUCCAUACUGAUUUAUAUUAAACUAUUCAACAGAAAUCAGAUUGGAGUUUUUGUUUUAAAUCACCUAGUUUUUCUUAAUUUACUAACUUCUUUAGCCAUUGACAGGAUGAAUUUGGCUCAAAGGUAUUCUGACCAAAUGGAGAGACCUAAAGGAAAAAUUGAGAUAGACCAAAAGAGACCUUGGUUUGAGGGGGAGAAGGGCAGAUGACAGCCAAGACAGGAUUUCACCUGACUCUUCCUUUCCACUUACCCAUUACUGACAGGCCCAAGUAUAACAGCAUAUUAACAACUUGGAGAAGGGACUAUUGUAGGAAAAGAAAUAAGAAUUCUUUACAAACACUAUCAAAUAUUUACAUUAAAAAUAUGCUGGAAUUAUCCCACAAAAUGUAUAUUUUAGUAGAGGUUAAUUGAAAGAUUUGAAAUUUUAAAUUGUAGACCUGAAACAUACAUUAAAAGCAAAACUUACAAUUUAAAACAGGUGAGUCAUUAGCCUUCAGCUUCUCAGUGUCAAAGAAAUAUUCUAAAAAAGACUGUCUAUGAGCUAUAUAACCCACUGAUUUGCUGCUAUACUGAAAUGAUUCUGCUACUCUAACUUCAUAAUAUAAAAAGGAACAGGCAAAUAUAGCUGCUAUGGUCCUAAUUCUCUCUGCAGGGUAAAAAGGGCCCUACCUCCUUUCAUGGGAGAUGCAUUCUUACUUUUACCAUGUUGCAUCAUGCAGGGAUUCUCCUCCCUGCUUCACCAUUUGACUCUUGGUAAAAGGGUAUACUCCCUUCUUCUAGCACAAUGCCCCCCAUAAAGUCUGAAUCCUGUUCUGUGAUGAUAAUUAACCACUUGCUUCUGCGACACUGGCAAAAUGAUGACAAGUGUUGAAUGUUCUGUAAUGGGCACAUGGGUGCCCAUUUUCCUAUUUUUGUUUAUGUUUGAAAACUCUAAUAAUAAAAAAUUAAAAAUAA